UGCGGUGAUGGCGGUGGCGUUGGACGCAGUGUGUGUGCGGGUGAAGGGUGUCUGCAAGCAGAACGGACUGCUCAUCCUCUCCGUGCUGGCUGUCGUCAUCGGCUGCUUGCUCGGGUUCUUCCUGCGCACCAAGCAGCUUUCUGAGCAGGAAGUGAAGUAUUUCCAGUUUCCAGGAGAGCUGCUCAUGAGGAUGCUGAAGAUGCUGAUUCUGCCCCUCGUUGUUUCCAGUCUCAUGUCAGGUCUAGCAGCUCUGGAGCCGAAGUGCUCGAGCAGGUUAGGUCUCAUCACCAUCUCCUACUACCUCUGGACCACAUUCUUGGCGGUGGUGGUCGGCAUCGUAAUGGUUCUCAUCAUCCACCCAGGGGGUGUGGCCCAGAAAGAGGACUCUGAGGACAGCAGCAAACCUAUCAUGAGCUCGGCUGACGCCCUACUCGACCUCAUACGGAACAUGUUUCCUGCCAAUUUGGUUCAAGCUACAUUUCAGCAGUAUCGCACUAACAGCAAACCCGUGAUGAAGACCCUGAAGGCAACAGAGAGCGUGAGUGUGACACACCGUACGCUCAUAUACAAUCUCCAAGAUGACACCGGCAACAGUGACAAUAGCAGUGAUGUUCGCAACUUCCGCCUGGACCUGACGCCUCCUCCUGAUGUUGUGAUGCGCACUGAACCUGGAACGAGCGAGGGCAUGAACGUGCUGGGCAUUGUCAUCUUCUCUGCUACUAUGGGCAUUAUGCUGGGCAGGAUGGGUCCUAACGGCAGUGCGCUUGUAAACUUCUGUCAAAGUCUUAACGAGGCUGUGCUCAAAAUCGUUGCCAUUGUUAUCUGGUACUUUCCGUUUGGGAUCGUGUUCCUCGUGGCUGGAAAAAUCCUGGAAAUGAGUGAUCCUUCUGAUAUGGGCAAGAAACUAGGAUUUUACGCCAUCACCGUGGUGAUGGGUCUGAUCCUGCAUGGGCUCUUCAUUCUGCCCAGCAUGUACUUCUUCAUCACCAAGAAAAGCCCAAUCGUUUACAUCCGGGGAAUCCUCCAGGCUCUGCUCAUCUCUCUGGCCACCUCGUCCAGCUCUGCUACGCUGCCCAUCACUUUUAAGUGCCUGCUGGAGAACAACCACAUCGACCGGCGCAUCAUUCGCUUCGUGUUGCCAGUCGGCGCCACCAUAAACAUGGACGGCACGGCGCUGUACGAGGCGGUGGCGGCCAUCUUCAUCGCUCAGGUCAACAACUACGAGCUGGACUUUGGCCAGAUCAUCACCAUCAGCAUCACAGCUACUGCGGCGAGUAUCGGUGCGGCAGGCAUCCCGCAGGCUGGCCUGGUUACCAUGGUGAUAGUGCUCACCUCUGUCGGCUUGCCAACUGAUGACAUCACACUCAUCAUUGCUGUGGACUGGGCGCUGGACCGGUUUCGCACUAUGGUGAACGUGAUGGGAGAUGCGCUCGCUACAGGAAUCAUGGCGCACAUCUGUAGAAAGGACUUCAUGCAGGAGGGGGAUGGAGUUCCUCUAAAAUGCGAGACGAAGCCUGUCCACAUCCAGCAGCUGAUAAACUGCCAGCAGAAUAACGGCAGUUUCCAGCCACUUCCAGCAGGAGGCAAACCUGAGCUCAUUUCCCCGGACGUUGCCCGUCUCAUGCAGCUAGAGGAAGGAGUGCGACCUCCGCCUCCUGAGAGGAAAAUUCCCCCAGUGCCCCCACGACACCUUAAACACAAGGACAAGGAGCACUGCUCCAUCGACAUGAACGGCCUCGAGACCAACGUAUAGCAGUCAUGUUGGACCACCUGGACACGAAGUACACACACACACACACACACACA